AUGUCUCUCUCCUCAAUCGCCCAUGGCAUUAUCUCAACCGUCUUCUCCAAUCUCUUCAUAACCCUCCCCUAUCCCAAUGCCGACCUCCAUGGCCAGACCAUCAUCGUAUCUGGCUCCAAUACCGGUCUCGGAUUCGAAGCAAGUCUUCAUCUGAGUCGCCUCGGCGUCGAAAAGCUAAUCAUGGCCGUCCGCACCCCAGCCAAAGGUGAAGCCGCGAAACAAAAGAUCUUGAAAUCCACAGGCCGAGAUGAGAGUUCUAUUGAAGUGUGGAAACUGGAUAUGGAUAGCUACGACUCAGUCAAGGAGUUUUCUGCACGAGUGUCGAGUACGCUGUCCCGUGUGGAUGCCGUUCUUGCAAAUGCUGGGCUCGCAUUAGACGUCUUUCAGUUGUCCGAGAACAACGAGAAGAACGUUAAUGUGAAUGUCGUCAGCACGUUUCUGCUGUUGCUGCUCUUGCUUCCAAAACUCCGCGAGUCGGCGAAUACUUUUAACAUCACUCCACGCUUUACCAUUGUCAACUCGGCGUUACAUUACGUGGCUCCGCUAAAGGAGCUUGAUCCUGACCACGGCCCGGGAAUAUUUGCCAGACUGAACAACCCAUCCACUUCAAACAUGGGUUCGCGAUACGCACUUUCCAAGCUACUUGUCGUCUACGCUGUUCGCGAGUUUGCGGAACAUGCCAAGGGAGAAAAGUCCCGGGUCAUCGUCAACACACCAAAUCCUAGCUUCUGUAAAUCGGGGCUUAUUGACAACAUGGAAAGUGGCAACAAGGCCGCUAUGCGGCUUUUCGAAAGGUUAAUGGCUCGAAGCACGGAGAUGGGCAGUCGGGCUUUGGUUCAUGGGGUAAUCUCAGGACCGGAAACGCAUGGGCAAUACUUGACCAACUGCCAUAACCAGAUGCCCUCGUCAUCCGUGACUAAUGCAAAGGGAGCUCGCAUACAAAAGAAGUUCUACAACGAGCUGGUGGCGGAGUUGGCAAAGAUUGCACCAGAAAUUUCAUCGGAAAAUUACAUCUAG